CACAUGCCUUCCCUGAGCGAACCCUCUUGGCAGAAUGGAGCAGCGCGGACGGAGAGCCGCGGUGACUCAUGAGGGGGGCGCUGAAACAGGAGCCGCCUGCCUCUUCAUCACCUUAAAAAUUAACUUCUUGGGUUUCCCUGCGCGCCAAACAUUUAUUACCGCGCCGGCGGUCAUGUCGCGGUUCGCGCGUCGCUCCUGCUGCUCCUCGGGCGGAGGAGGAGAGGGACAAUCAAAAAGUUCAGCACUCCCUCCAGCCGGUGCGUUUUGAAUUUUGAAUCCGGUCUGUGAUCGUCGUUUUUUUUUGUUUUUGUUUUUGUUUUUUUUCCCCUCGUCUGAACACCGGAGUAGUGGCACCAUGGCCACUGCGCCCUGAGGGGAGAUGGAUUUAGAGGUGAGGGAUGUGAACGGGUCGAACUGUUUGUCCCGGAAUGAGAGCGACGGAGGACUGAGCGCCUCUUCUUCUUCUUCUUCCUCUUCCUCCUCCUCUUCUUCUUCUACUUCUCCUUCUUUUUCUUCUUCCUCUGGAGUGUCCACUGCGCUGGCCAGCGUGCUGAUCUUCACCAUCGUGGUAGACAUCCUGGGCAACGUCCUCGUCAUCCUGUCCGUGUACAGGAACAAAAAGCUGAGGAAUCCAGGGAACAUCUUCGUGGUGAGCUUGUCUGUGGCAGAUCUGGUGGUGGCAUUGUACCCGUACCCGCUGGUCCUAACGGCCAUCUUCCACAAUGACUGGACUAUGGGGGACCUGCACUGCCAGGCCAGCGGCUUCAUCAUGGGCCUCAGCGUCAUCGGCUCCAUCUUCAACAUCACGGCCAUCGCCAUCAACCGUUACUGCUACAUCUGCCACAGCCUCCACUACGACCGCCUGUACAGCCUGAGGAACACCUGCUGCUACCUGGGCCUCACCUGGCUGCUCACCGCCAUCGCCACGGUGCCCAACUUCUUUGUGGGCUCUCUGCAGUACGAUCCGCGCAUCUACUCGUGCACCUUCGCCCAGACGGUCAGCUCUUACUACACCAUCUCAGUGGUGGUUAUUCACUUUCUGAUCCCGCUGCUGGUGGUGUCCUACUGCUACAUGAGGAUAUGGGUGCUGGUGAUUCAAGUGAAACAUCGGGUCAAACCGGAGCAAGGGACCAAGCUGAAACCCAGUGAUGUGAGGAACUUCCUGACUAUGUUCAUGGUGUUUGUGUUGUUUGCAGUGUGCUGGGCUCCACUGAACCUCAUAGGCCUGGCAGUAGCUAUAAACCCUGUGAAAGUUGCGCCCAACAUACCCGAGUGGCUGUUUGUCACAAGCUACUUCAUGGCGUACUUCAACAGCUGCCUCAAUGCCAUCAUAUAUGGACUACUAAACCAAAACUUCCGUAAAGAAUACAAGACGAUCCUUCUUGCUCUUUGCAUCCCGCGUUUGCUCCUCGUGGAGACGUCCAGGUGCGCCACCGAGGGGCUGAAGAGUAAGCCAUCACCGGCUGUGACGAACAACAAUGUAGCAGAGAUUCAUGUAUGAGCCAAUGUUUUCUCCGGGGAAACUGGAGAUGAUGUUUCUCUGGAGACUCAUUGUUGGUAUGUGACUUAAUUUACCCUGUGCCUUCUCACAAGACGUGUAGCAUCAAGGUGUAGUCACGUUUGGAAAGGACUCUGUUACUGUCACAGUCCUUUCAGCCAUAUCAGACACUGAAACUGAUGAACUGUAUCGCAGAUACAUUGCGUUUGUUUCGUGUCGACCUCGAGGAACACUCUAUUUAUGACACAUUAACAAGGUGGGGGGGGGGGGAUGCUCAGACAACUCAUCAGUAUUCACCAAAAAGCAUUGUGACCACGAAUCGUAGACAGCAUUGAGAUUUACCUUCCUAAAUUCUUUAAUACAGUGAGUCAGAACAUACCAUUUAGCCUAUUGUCUGGAUGGGAGACUUCAUUUUUUUUUUCCAAGCAACAACCCAGCAUGUAUUCAUGUGCACGAGAAUGACUCACUGCCUAUUGGCACAGAUCCACUAGGAGUAUGUCAGCAACAUAGUGGAAGCUAAAUAAAUGUAUUUUCUACUCCUGUUAUGUCUGUUGGCUCUUAAAUGCAGCAUAAGAAGACAUACUAUGCUCAUUUUCAGGUUCAUAAUUUUAUUAUGGGUUACUACAGGAAUAGUUUACAUGAUUUAAUGCUCAAAAAACACAUCAGUUGUCUCCUACUGUCCAGUCUGUUGUGAAAGUUCGUCUCGCUUGACCAUUCAGGAGAGAUGAAGAAGACUCAGAGACGCCGGUGACUAGGAGGACAAGGAAGAACAACCUAACAACACUUCAAGUCAUUCCUCCCGAACCUUCGCUAGUUUAAGGUUGUAUCUGCAACCCAGAAAGCAUCCCUCCUGUUUAACAAUGAGGAAGGGAGAAGUUACUGCAGAGCUUCUCACCUCUGGCCAAGUGAUGAAUAGAAAGGAAAUGGGUGGCAGACAAUAAGUCCAUUACCAUAGAUGGAUUGAUGACCAUACUACAGGUUCAUACAAACAGUCAGCUUUGGUUUGUCUGUUCUAUAGAUACAUCUACAGCUACGAAUGGCUAAAUCGUAAAGACCAUGAGAUAUAAACUCAUACAGCAGAUGUCAUUAUGCCCUUACCCAGAACUUAACAUUUACACUGGGUACAAAUGACAUUGUUAUCCAAUCUUAUGAAGACAGAAUGUCCUGGGAGAGUCAUAUUUUUCUCCCAGACAGUGUUGCAGGACUGUAUUCCCCUUCUGUCUGAAAUGCUCUGUUUUAGCUCCUGUCUCUUUAAGGCCCCCCCUCACAAGUAUCUAGUCUCCUCUGAUUGGUCAGCUCACAAAUGUCUGAGCCAGCACCCCCUCACUGUUACUCAGUUCGGCUCUGUUGUGUUUUUCAGCUUCCAGUUAGCCUCACUUGUACCGUCAAAUAAGCAAAGAAUAUGGAAAUGCGUGACGUAAUGUGAUGUCAGGAAGUCACGGAAUUAAAGGCGGGGCUACUGACGAGGCAUUACAAGCACUUUUGAACAGUGUGAUGGGGGAGAGGACAACAAGAAUCACACUGAGGGAGAGGAACAAAAUGAAAAGUAUAAUAAGCCCCCUUUCAACGAUGAAAAAGUCUCAUCGUUUGUUUGUUUUGCCUUCAAUGUAAUCAUCCAGAAUCUUUUUUUGAAUGUUUGGUUUAAUUAUCAAGGAUUUAGCAGUAUUGUUUGGGUUUUCUACAUCUAAUCUACUUUGGGGGUAGGUGCCAAUCUGGAGACACAUUUCAGCUUCUGUUGAUGCUAUUCAGAAGUUCGCAUGCCAUAUUUCUUGCUCAGUAUGUAAGAAUAUGUCGGUCUCCUCCUCACUGGGAAUGUAAACUGUAUUAAUUCACCAUGACACUGUUUUACCCUCCGGCUUGUCUUCUGAGCAAUGAUGCCCUCAUAAAACACGCUGGGGAGAUUUGAGAGGCUUUCGCUCUGGUUUAAAUUCAAGAUAGAAGCAACAAAUACCAGGAAAGAACACUGAUGUGUGUCGAUGGGAAAAAAAGAGUGUUUUGUUUGUAAAACGAUCAUUUAAGUGUGUCAACUGUCGUUUGUGUCGGACUAAAAGGUUCAAAUGCCUUUUCAGAUCUUGAUGAUUUUGAAAUUGCAAAAAUCCUGAAGGUGGGGGGGACAACAGAUGACAAACAAAGCAAGUUCUUGUUCAUUAAAUGCCUGAGGGACAUGAUACGCAUCAGGAGCCAGAGAUGUAAUUUUGUGAUAGUGCAAGUGCGCCUGAGCACAUGUCACCCUAGCCGAGAUGAGCUCUGACAGGCUUCCAGCAUAACUUUCACCCGGCAAACAAGCUGUGAGCGGUUCACCUCACAGGGAGGCUCCGAGAUGUCACUGUGACACAUUCUUGAUACGAUGCACUGUUACUGGUAUAUUAAAGAGA